CUUCAGCUUUGCAGAUAGAAACCUCUUUAUUACGCUUUGAAUUGAAGUUGCCUACAGUCAGAUCACAGACACGCAGGCUACCGAGUUUUGGUUGUUCAGAGCCAAGCCCUGCAGAAAACAAUGGAUUCACCAAUGUGCCUCAUCGACAACGUGGAUGGUGUGCUUCGACCUGUCCCAGAUGCCAUCGACCACCUUAUGAGGAUCCGUCAGCGCGUCGUCGUAGUGUCGGUGGUCGGGUUGUACCGCACCGGCAAGUCUUACCUCAUGAACAAGCUGGCUGGCAGGAAAGACGGAUUUGCCCUGGGAUCCACCAUACAGUCCAAGACUAAGGGCAUCUGGAUGUGGUGUGUGCCUCAUCCUAAACAAGCUGACCACACUCUGGUGCUGCUGGACACAGAGGGACUAGGGGACGUAGAGAAGGGAGAUUCCAAGAACGAUGCCUGGAUUUUCUCCCUGGCUGUUCUGCUCAGCAGCACUCUGGUCUAUAACAGUCGAGGGACCAUAGACAACCAGGCUGUGGAGAACCUCCAAUAUGUGACUGAAUUGACUGAGAGAAUCAAGGUGAAGUCAUCUAGCAAUGCUUCAUCCGAUGAGGAGGAGGGAGUCGAUGCCCAGUUUGUCCAGUUCUUUCCUAACUUUGUGUGGGCAGUGAGAGAUUUCACGCUGCAACUAAGAAUUGAUAACAGAGAUGUGACUGCAGAUCAAUACCUGGAACACUCUCUGGAACUCAAGAAAGGUACUGACAGGAAGGUGAUGAACUACAACCUCCCGCGAGCAUGCAUCCGCAAUUACUUCCCCACGCGCAAGUGCUUCGUGUUCCAGACCCCUACUUCCCCUGAGAACAUGGUUCGACUGGAGUCCAUGGAUGACAGGGAGCUCUGCCAAGGCUUCAGGGAGACCACAGACGCUUUCUGCCACUACGUUUUCCAGAUGAGCCGUGUGAAAACUGUCAAAGGGGGUCAAGGAGUUACUGGUAGAAUGCUUGGCCACUUGGUCAAGAUGUACGUGGAGACCAUUGCUCGGGGCGAAGUUCCCUGUCUGGAGAACGUGGUGCUGGCCAUGGCCCAGAUAGAGAACCAGGCAGCGGUGGAGGAGGGGCUGAAGCUGUACCAGAGCUGCAUGGAGCCGCUGAAGAUCCGGUUCCCAGUGGACAUGGACCAGAUGUCAGAUCAACACCAACGUGCUGACCAGCAGGCCACCCAAGAGUUCAUGAACCGUUCCUUCAAAGACAAAAAUGGGGAAUUCUUGACAAGGCUGGCGAAUGGUAUUGCAAAGACCUACGCUGAACUUCUUAUCCGAAAUGAUGACGCCUCAGAGAAGAAGUGUCAGGAUCUGCUGAGGGAACUCUCCGCUCCGGUCUCACAGAAGAUCCAGGAUGGGUUCUUUGCCAAACCAGGUGGCUACGAGCUUUACUGUGAUCUCCACGACAAAUUAGUGGCACAGUAUCGUUCCACACCUAACAAAGGAAUCCGGGCUGAGGAGGUUCUGGAACGGUUCCUGAAGGAGAAGAGUGUUGAGUCCAACUCCAUCUUACAAGCUGACCAGAAACUUACUGACAGCGAGAAGCAGAUCCAUGAGGAGAGAGAGCGAGCGGCGCUGGCCGAGCAGGAAGUGAAGGUGGAGCAGGAGACACGCCUGCAGCUGGAGAGGGAGAGUAAGGAGAGAGAGAGGAGUUACCAGGAGAGUAUGACCCAGCUGACGGCUAAAAUGGAGCUGGAGGCAAAUCAGAUGAAGUGGGAGAUGGAGAGAGCCCUGGAGAGCAAGCUGGAGGAGCAGAAGACACUUCACGAGAAAGGCUUCCUGGAGAAGGAGGCGGACAUGAAGGAGGAGAUCACCGCACUGAGGCAGAAAAUGGACGAGGCCAAAAGCGAGAAGGAGGAUAAGGCUUCCUAUCGAGAAAUGAUGGGGACCCUCAUGCACAGUAUCGGUAAAGGUUUUGGUCAUUACUUUAACUACAAACAGGCCCGUGAGAAACGCAAGGCCAUACAGAGCCAGUCCUCCCGGUCCAGAGGUGUGAAGGCCGGCGUCCCGAACACCCAGAAAGGGAUCCCUGAUCCGGGGAAGAGACAAGUCCAGACACAAGCCAAGUGUGGGGGGAGCUCUGGGUCAGAGGUGUGAUGUUCAGCCUGGAACUGGUUUAAUAAUCAGAGAAUCCUCAGGCAGGUGUCCUCGUACAGAUGGUUAUCUGGUGUUGGCAAGAUUUUCCACAAUUUUCCAUACUGAUUGAUUUGGGUUACAAGGAAAAAUAUAAAUGAGACAAAGGUUACUCGAGGGGGUACAUAUGUAAUAACAGAUGGAUCCAAAUAUUCAAAUGAAAAAUGAUCUUUUCUGAUUAUUGGUGUGGAUGUUGUGAGAACUUAAAAUUAAUUCUGUGUUUGGUUUGUGGAACUGACUGGUUUGAACUCCACCCAUAUACAUUUCUUAUUAAUUCAAAACAAAUAAAACGUUAUUUAAUGUCAA